GGCGGUUGUAGGCGGGAAGCGCGUGCACCUGAGCUGCAGUGCGGAUAAACGCAGAAGGACGCCGUUUAUCUCACAACACACUAAUGUGGCCUUUAUUUCAUGGACAUUUUAUAUUUUCCACAAUUACGUUAGGCUCUGUGUGCUGUCUGGAUUCAGGAUUAAUGGGUCGUUUAAGCUGGGGGCGGCCCGUGUGCUGUCGGGGUGGCAGUGUUUAGCUCCAGUACUGCAGGAAAACGACAACAUGAACGGAGCCACAGAGACGCAGGACAUCCUCCCUCCUAACUGUAUGGUGAAGGAGCGCUGGGAAGUGCUGAAGAAGAUCGGGGGUGGAGGAUUCGGAGAGAUCUAUGAGGCUCUGGAUCUGCUGACUAAGGAGAACGUGGCUCUGAAGGUGGAAUCGGCUCAGCAGCCCAAGCAGGUGCUCAAGAUGGAGGUGGCGGUGCUAAAGAAACUACAGGGUAAGAACCAUGUGUGUAAGUUUAUUGGCUGUGGGAGAAAUGACAAGUUCAACUAUGUGGUCAUGCAGCUUCAGGGCCGGAACCUGGCAGAUCUGAGGCGGAGUCAGCCACGUGGAACCUUCACCAUCAGCACAACUCUACGUUUGGGGAAACAGAUCCUGGAAUCCAUAGAGGCUAUUCACUCUGUCGGCUUCCUGCACAGAGACAUCAAACCGUCAAAUUUUGCCAUGGGCAAACUACAGGCCACAUGCAGGAAGUGUUACAUGCUGGACUUUGGGCUGGCAAGACAGUACACCAACACUAAUGGGGAAGUGAGACCGCCCAGAACUGUAGCUGGUUUUCGUGGCACAGUCCGCUAUGCUUCGGUCAACGCGCACAAAAACAAGGAAAUGGGCCGCCAUGAUGACCUUUGGUCUCUGUUCUAUAUGCUGGUUGAGUUUGCGGUUGGUCAGCUGCCUUGGAGAAAGAUCAAAGACAAGGAGCAGGUGGGCCAGGUAAAGGAGCGUUAUGAUCACAGAAUGCUGCUGAAGCACAUGCCCUCUGAGUUCAGUGUCUUUCUGGAGCACAUCUUAAGCCUGGACUACUAUACUAAACCUGACUAUCAGCUGCUCAUGUCAGUGUUUGAGAACAGUAUGAAGGCACGCAUCAUCACAGAGAACGAGCUAUUUGACUGGGAGAAGAGCAGCACAGAAUCCAUGCUGUCCACACAGCAACACACACGGCCGUCUGUAGCAAUGGCCAGAGUUCUGAAUAUGAGCCCAGUCCAUGGGGAUCUGCAGAGAGAGAACACAGAUGAUGUUGUGCAAGGUGAGCGCCUGAGCGAUCAGGAGAAUGCCCCACCCAAUCCUGUACCUGUGGCUGUAGAGAACAGUCCAGCGCCACCAGAUGGAGAUGAGUGGGACAGCACUGACAUCAACCGCAACAAGCUGAGAAUCAGUCUGGGGAAGGAGGACGAUGGGAACCGUGGGGUGUGUCCUGUAUCACCACAGAGAGGGGGAGGAGGGGCCGAGUCUCCCAGUGCACAAAUGCGUUCUCUCAGGUCACGGAUGGAUGCUCUCGGCUCUCCGUCCCGUCAUCUUUACUCCUCGCAGCCAGCCCAGAUGCUGUCCAUUGAUGGUUGUCGUGGAGACCGCUGCCGCAACGAUGGAUCUGAGGCACACAGCAACGCCUUCAUCCGGUCCGUGCCACUGGCUGAGGAGGAGGACUUUGACAGCAAAGAGUGGGUCAUCAUUGACAAAGAGGCGGAGCUCAGGGACUUCCAGCACCGUCCGCUAGGGGCAGAGCCCACCACCUCCGGCACUACAGACGAUGAGCCGGAGGAGCUCCGCCCUCUGGAGGAACCGUCUACACGGUCUAGACUCAACAUUAGAGGCAUACCCGAGGGGGACAUAGCAAGGCGGAGUGGGCGGGGCCAACCAACAGACAGUCCCGCACCUUUGCCUUGUCACUUUGGACGAGCCAGAAGGAGAGAGUCCGAGCCAAAUACACCUCAUAGACAGAUUGCACUCCCUAGAGAUACUCUCCCCUCUUCGGCGGACUAUCGGACCAAAGCGCAGCUUUCAGAGAAAGAAAUGUUCCACAUCCUUCCAAAACUUCAGGCCAAGAGAGCCGAUUUCCUCACUGUCAUGCUGACUGGAAGCCUCCAUCAGUGCCGGGGCUUCACUGCAAUGCCCCCUGACACACAAGAUGAUGGACCGUGGGAAGACGAUGUGACAAAAAGUAUGUCUGACAGUCUGGAUCACAGCCAGGACGAACCUCCUUCGACUUUAUUAGCCAUUGACCCUCAGAGAGGCCCCAGAGAUCCAGGUUCAGUGGCUGAUGUAGAUCUGGAUCAAGAAGACAUCUCUAAAACUCUAGUUCUGUUCUCACCUGGAGACAUGAGGAAAUCUCCCAACUCUGGGACUGACAUUCUUCAGAGUGAAAAAGAAACCGUGGGUCUCCAGGCAUUUUUCAUGGAGAAAAAACAACAAGGAAAUGGUGACAUCAUCAGUUUAUCACAAGGGAAAUGUGACUCACUUCUCUGCACUGCUUCUCCUGCUCCUGUAAACAACAUGCAGAAGCAACAACCAGCACUUUUAGAAAAUCAGAAAAGGGAAAAUUAUGGUAGGACUUUUGGGUCUGGAGUCAAACAAGAAUCUAACCAACAAGCUUCUUCUACAUAUCCUCCAUUGACCAAGAAGCAUCUAGAAGGUCCAGAUGAUUUUGGCAUCUCCAGUUUAUUCAGACAGAAAAUCAGUCCCUCUGCCACUGUACCGGUUCCAUCCGGUUCUGCUGCAUCUCAUCCUUUCACCAAAGUAGAGAGAACCUUCAUCCACAUUGCUGAGACCUCACAUCUGAACAUCAUGUCAUCCAGAAUACCUCAGGUUCAGACGGAGAACAGUGAGGUAUCUGAGGACCUUCAGUGUGAGGUGGAACCUCAAACCAGAACCAUCAUUCUAGAAGCAGGAGAUGUCUGGUCUAAACUUGCAUCUUGCACUCCAGCAGAAGUUCAGAAACAUAAUGUUGUUAAUGGACCUGUGCAGGCCCAGGUUCUUGCCAAAGUGGAUAUCAUGGUGUCUCCUUUUUUCAUUGGGAGCCAGCAAGAUGUCCAAAGAGAACGUUUACUAGAGAAGCCCUCAACGUUGCCAGAUGAGUUCCAGCAUGGGACAGGUGAAGACAAACCUGGUGAUAAAGGCACAUCUCAUCUGAGGUGCAAGAGUCGGAUCCCCAUCCUGGUAUCAGAGGAUGGUGCUGCUGCAGAUCUAUCACUAUUCUGGGAUCAAACGCUGAAGCGCUCUAAGCAGCAAGAGUUUGCACGAAUGGUGCUGGAGAGACAGAGACAAGCAUUCAACUCCAAAGCAUCUUUAUCACUUUCCUCUGGAGAUGAGCCCAGAAAAGCCUCAGAGACUCUGACCACCACUGAGGAGGACACGCACCAAUCAGAUGAUUUGAUUGGAAAAGUCAAACAGGAAGCAAGGGAGCGAGGGGGUGAGGGGUGGAGCAGCAGGAUCCCUCGACCUGUUACGCCUGUCAAAAGAUCUCCAGCUAAGCUUCGGUUAGCCAUCGCUGCUAACUCCACUGUGAAACCUGACACCACGACAAACAGUGCAAACACUGGGCCGGUGUGUGUGCAGACUGGAGCCAGUCUAAGGUCUAAAUCUGCUGUAUCCCGACCGGCUAGUCCUCGUGCCCCUCUACGCUGCAUCUUCACCACCUCACGCAGUUUAAACUCCACCCACAGGACACAUAGCCCUUCACCCCAGCGCAUGAUUGGCAGGACCACCACAAGCUCACACACACACGUCACACAUAGUGGUAAUCGAACCAAAGCUACUUCAUCUGUUAAACACACAACUAAAGUGAAGCAGAAACAGAACAUAACUACAGCCAGGUAA